GUUUCAGCACGCGAUGGGAAAGAGGCACUUGGCACUCAAUGUCCACGUAUUCACCGACUCUUGCUGGAUAAAUGUGCUUUUAACUAAUGUUUAAGGACUCGAACUUGUACAUUAACGUCUUUCCCACUUGUCGAUUCAGCAUGUAUGAAUAAAAAGCCAACUGCAGUUACAAGAGCGAAGAAUUUCUCUGAGUGAUCUCACUUCACAUGAUGUCGGCCUUGGUGAAGCAGGAGAGGACUAUCUGUGUCCUCCUGCCCAACAAAGAACAGCUGGAUGUCAGCGUCGGGCCAAAGGCUACAGGGCAGGACGUUCUAAGUCGUGUGACGGAGCUUCUUGGAAUUAAAGAGCUCUAUUUCUUCGGCCUCACCGUUGUGAAAGACAACGAGCACAUAUUUAUAGAUCUGGAGGAGAAGUUGACCAAGUACUUCCCAAAGGAAUGGAAGCAGGAGUCUGUCAAGGGAUUCCAAAGGAAACCACUGCCCCUUGUGCUUUGCAUUAAAGUGCAGUACUACGUGGAGAAUGGGAGACUAAUUUGUGAAAGGAAGGCACGACGCCUGUACUACUCCGACCUGCGGGAGAGGGUGUUGCGCUCCGAAUGCCGUCAGCAGGAGGAGGUGUAUUUCCAGCUGGCUGGUUACGCCAUGCAGGCGGAGCUAGGUGACCAUCAGCUGCCUGUAGGGGAGUCAGAGAUGAGCCCUUACUUUGAACCAAAGGAGUAUUUCCCUCCCUGGAUCAUAGCCAAGCGUGGCCUGGACUAUCUCCUCUGCCAUGGACCAAAGGUGCACCAGGACCUCUGGGGCAUGUCCACCCGAGACGCCAUCCUCCUCUUCAUCAGGGAGUCAUGUCGGCUUGAGGACGUGCCGGUGACGUACUACAGGCUGCAAAAGGAUAAAAAGGAGGAGAGAGGAACGGCGUUGCUCGGGUUGACCCUGCGAGGAAUGCAGGUUUAUCAGGAGGUGAAUAACAUUCGACAGCAACUGUAUGACUUUCCAUGGUCUAAUGUGGGUCGUCUGACGUUCUUGGGUAAGAGAUUUGAGAUCCAGCCAGAUGGCCUGCCCUCAGCCAGGAAGCUUGUUUACUACACCGGCUCAUCGUUCCGCUCCCGUCACCUCCUGUUACACCUGAGCAGCAGCCAUCGCCUUUACUUGAGCUUGCAGCCGGCCCUGAAGCACUUAAGAAAGCUGGAAGACAGCGAAGAGAAAAAACGCUACAGGGAAUCCUACAUCAGCGAUGACCUAGACCUGGACCCUCCUGGUAGUGAAAGCAGCCCAGGUUUAUCCAGACACUCCACCGGCAGCUCGGGUAUCGAAGCUGACGGCCGCCAACACAGCAUCUCUACAGAGAUGACCUCCAUGGAGGAGGAGGUUCACCUACAAGCUGAGAAAUGUUUGAGCUCAGCUAGCAGUCACAUCAGCUCCAGCACCUCGGGGAUUGAAACUGGCAGCAAAACUCGAACAGACGAUGAGGAGUGGCAGGAGGAAGAGAUGAAGGCUGAAGGAGAAGAAGCAGCAACUGAUAAACCUGGUGUGAUGUUCCGGCUGGCUGAUCUUCUCGAUGGAGUAUCGGUGGAUUGUUCAGAGCUGCCUUCAGAGGAAUCAUUUACAGCAGCUAACAAAGAUUGUCCAGAGAACAGCACUGAAGCCACAAAGGAAAAUGAAAAUGACUCAAAAGAGGCACAAGCCAGCGUGGAUCGACAGAGCCACAGUCUCGAUGAUAUCCACCUAGUUCCUCCACAAGCUCCUCUGGGCACCGCAGUGCCGGCUGAUUCUUCACACAGCUACACGUUUGGCUUCCCAGAGGCCUCCACAAGCACCAAGAUCCCAUCGGAGAAUUCUUUCUUCCCGUUUUUGGACUGCCAAGACAAACCUUCCUUCUAUGGUCGCAGGUCAACCAACUGUCUCUCUCUGGACAUGUUAGGAGAUGAACAGUUCCUGGAAUUCAUACUUUGAGAAAUUCCUUUUUGUGCUCAUGGGGUCCUCACCCUUGUGUCAGCUGGUCAGUACUGCAUAUUUAUUGAUGUUUAUAUUGUACAUAUCCCUCUGCUUUACUGCAUUUCUAGAUGCCUAAAACAUUUCUUUUUUAUACCGAUGCUGUUUGUUCAGGUGUAAUACCAAAUAUGACCAGUUUGUUUGCUAAACAUGCCUCAAUUAACCUGAUUGUAAGCUGAGAGGAAUCGCCACAUGAAUCCAUAUACCAUCGUUUUAUAUUCUGUUUUAUUUUUGUAACUCGUGUUCUUUCUAGCCUGCUUGAAUGGUGCUGCAACUGGUGUGGAAUGUUUCUUUUCAGCUGGUAGCACAUUCACCCAAAGCUCCCUCAUUUUCGACUCACCUCCUGCCUUCACAUUCGCUCAGCAAAGUCCUAUUUUUGUACCCGCCAUGUGUCUAAUGACUCUGCAGUACUUUUUUUUCUAUGUUACGUAACCUCAGUACAAAAGCGCCUUUCUGUCCGUGUAUUCUCUGUCACAAAUCAUUUACUAAAGUGUAAUUAGUAUGCAAAACAACCAGUGGUCACUGUGAGCUCAUGGAGGGCGGUUAUACCCGAUUAAACACAGCACUUAUGAUAUUAUAAGGUCAUUUUGAUUCGAUUUUUGUCAUGUUUUUUUAUCUAAAGAAUUGUUUCAUAGCUAAAAUAAAU